UUGGGGCGUGUUGACAAAUCUUCCUGCCAGCUGAGGUUAGUGGAACUCACGAACUCAGUCAGAUAUUCUGCCUUCUACUUUAAAAGUGCUGUGUUCUUACGUUGACGUGAAGAUGUUUUUUGCCAAACAAUUUAUCAGUGGCAUCAUUGAUGUUGUCAGCAACAUCGAUCCAGCCCAGUUUACGCCAUCUGCCCCACCUCCACCACGCAGGCCAGUUCAGUUUGCAGAGCAGCAUGAGAGCGAAGAGGAGAAACAGUUCCGCAGAGUCUUCCAGCAACUCGCUGGAGAUGACAUGGAAGUGAGCCCACCUGAGCUGAUGAACAUCCUAAACAGAAUCAUUGCAAAGCGUGGAGACCUGAAGACGGAUGGCUUCAGCAUUGAGUCUUGCAGGAGCAUGGUGGCAGUCAUGGAUAGUGACAGUACUGGAAAACUCGGCUUUCAUGAAUUCAAACACCUCUGGGACAAUAUAAAGAAAUGGCAGGGAGUGUACAAAGCCUAUGACGCUGAUAACUCCGGUGUCAUCAGUGCAGAUGAGCUGCCCAAAGCUUUCACAGCUGCUGGCUUCCCCCUCAAUGACCAGCUGUUCCAGAUGAUAAUUCGCAGAUACAGUGAUGAAAAUGGGAACAUGGAUUUUGACAAUUACAUUGGCUGCCUUGUGAGGCUGGAUGCCAUGUGCCGUGCCUUCAAAACCCUGGAUAAGGAUAACAAUGGGACAAUCAAAGUCAAUUGUCAGGAGUGGCUUCAGUUGACCAUGUACUCUUGAGUCCAGAGGAUGUCUCUCCUGCUUGUUACACAGAACCACUCUGUUAGUCCACACAGCACUAAAUAUUUUCUCAACCAUCCCUACAACUUGUUAAUUAGCAAACCCAUUGUGUGUGCAGGUUUAUUUAUAAUGUUAAUGGAAAGUGUUUUGGGAUUGUUCCAUAAUACUUGCAAGACAGAAUUGAUACUGUAAAAGCACAAACCUGCACUCACAACCACACCAAUAGAUGAGGAUCAAAAAUGAAUGCCACUGAAUGCUCUGGACAAGUGUGUAGCCACAUUAUAAAGGUGAUCGUAUGUUGAAUUGGUGUCAUUUGGUCCGCUUGUUUGGCAUUUGAUUUUGACCUGCCUCAUGUCCACAAGUCAAAAUGGCACAAGAGGAGAAAAGCCAACAUUCAGAUGCUUUACACUCUGGAAUUUGUGAAAAACCUAAUGUGAAAGCAAAAAGCUCCCAUUCUUAUGUGACUAGGGCUGGUUUCACAAAUAUUGUAUGUUAGAGGGGUCCGUGGAGAUGGGUUUUACGGUUAGUUUUAUGCUAAAAUGAGGAUGUUUGACAGUUUAACAGAAAGAAAGCCUGACACUUUAACCCCAGGCUUACUUAGGAACAUGCAUACCAUCUGACAACUGUGUUUCCUGCUGGCAAAAACAGGAAAGCCUACUUCACUCAUCUCGUUGUUUCCUGUUGGAGGUUACAACAGGUAACCGUGUCAAGCUGUAGCGUGGUUGGACAUAUGUUGGUUUGGUUUGUUCCCACCUAUUUUGCUUAAGUGUAUUUCUCAGAACUGUAUGGAUGUGUUUAGACUGCUUGACUGACAACUCCAUCAGUCUGCAUUUUAUUAUUUUUGGUAACACCUGUAGGGGCGGGACAACGUACACAUUUACCAUUACUGUAAGUACACACAUUCUCACAAAAGCUCCCCCUAACUUUAACCUGAGCAGAGAGCUAACUGAAAACACUUGGGUGGUCCCACCUGAACAGGUCCAACAAAACAAAUAGGUCUAAUUUGGGUAAAAUUGAUGAAUGUGUGUGUGUGUGUGUGUGUGUGUGUGUGUGGACUAUGUCCUUGCAGAGACUGUCAAUCAUAUUUGUGUCUUUGUUAAACCAGCCCCAAGUCCACUGACUGGAGAUUCUUGUGAGACCGUUCACCAUUUUGGUUGCAGCUUAAAGAACAUUAAGGUAGUUGUUUGCAUAAUGUAAGCAGAUCACUGUCUAAUGAUUUGUACACUCCAUUAUUUUGCAUCAGAGUUGCACUGUUAUUGUAUAUGCAUAGCGGUCAGCAAUCCCAGAGCUUUCUAUAGCCACUAAAAGGCCAAAAUACAAAAAAUAUCUGAAAUACCAAAUAUACUGUCAAGUGACCUAAUAGCAGUUUGUUAAUGUGUGUGUGAAGGGGUAGUUUGGACUGGCAAAUAUUUUGACAUUUAAUGUUUAAUACUGGUAGUGCAACUUGGCCAAAGCAUUCUCUGUCUCAGCUCACUGAUCACUUUAUUUAUCACCGUGUAUUUCAAAAUGCCUGUACCAGAUAAUGCCGUAAUGCAGUAUGAUAUUAUAUAACACGUGUAUGCCACUAAUGCAUGCAGCUGAGUAAAGAUGGGUUUUUAACCAUGUAGGUGUAGCCACAGUCAUUAAGCUGUUAAUGAAAAUGCUUGGUAAAAUAAAUAACCUGUGCCAUAUUUGGAAUAAAAUGGGUAUGUUUAAUA